CAAAAACCCUAGCUCCAUUUUCGUUUUCCUCCGUCGACAGCACAAGCCAUGGGUAUCGAUCUUAUCGCGGGAGGUAAGAGCAAGAAGACCAAAAGGACUGCUCCAAAGUCCGAUGAUGUCUACCUCAAGCUUCUCGUCAAGCUAUACCGGUUUUUGGUAAGGAGAACCGGCAGCAAGUUCGAUGCUGUGAUCCUUAAGAGGCUUUUUAUGAGCAAAGUCAACAAAGCCCCUCUUUCACUCUCCAAGCUCGUUGAGUUCAUGAAGGGAAAGGAUGGUAAGAUUGCUGUGUUGGUUGGGACAAUAACUGACGAUUUGAGAGUGCAUGAGAUUCCUGCCAUGAAGGUUACUGCCUUGAGGUUUACAGAGAGAGCCAGGGCUAGGAUCGAGAAAGCUGGUGGAGAGUGCUUAACAUUCGACCAGCUUGCUCUCGUUGCUCCAUUGGGACAGAACACGGUUCUACUUAGAGGACCAAAGAACUCUCGUGAAGCAGUGAAGCACUUUGGUCUUGCUCCUGGUGUGCCACACAGCCACUCCAAGCCCUAUGUUAGGUCUAAGGGAAGGAAGUUUGAGAAAGCCAGAGGAAAGCGAAAGAGUCGUGGAUUCAAGGUCUAAGAAGAGGUCUCUGCUGUUUCGACGGGGGUGUUAUUUCGUUAUGGUUGCUUUCAGUAUAGCAGUUUUGCUAGUGAACUCGUGUGUUCCUCUUUUCCUAUUCCAGACAUUGUUUUAAGUUAUCUGUCUUUCCGUUCUAAACGACAAUUAAAUGUUUUGCUUAAUAACAUUUUGAGAAUUUACUGCCGCUAAGCUUUGUUU